ACAUGGAUCCUCGCUCUAGUGCUCAGGAUGUUCAUCGAUGUGACCUUUGUAAGACCGCCAUAGCACAGAGUAACUGUGACUUUUGUCAUGUCAACCUGUGCAAGCCUUGUAUAGGAGAACAUAUCUCUGAUGAAUAUGAAACACAUAAAAUAGUCCGAUUCCAGGAUCGAAAAUCAACCUUGAUAUAUCAAAAAUGCAUGUUGCAUACACCAAAAACCUGUGAACUCCAAUGCAAGAAUUGUGAUAACAUUUUGGUUUGCUCUUCUUGUACUGCAUCUGAACAGCACAGAGGUCAUAUAUUUGUAGAGGUUUUAGAAGCUUACGAGGCAAAGAAAGAAGUUAUUGAAAAAGAUGCAGAGAAGUUACAGAAUCUUAUUUCGCUUAAAUAUGAAGAAAUUGCACUCGAAUUGGACAAUCAGAUUACCAACCUGGAUGGAGGAUAUGAGAAACUUACAUCGGAAAUUUCGAAUCAAGGAGAGCAAUGGCACAGAGAAAUUGACAUCAUCAUCAACAAAAUGAAAACUGAAAUCGGCGAGAUAAAAGAGAAACACAAAGAUCUUUUACAGAAACACUUUGAAGAAAUAAAACAGAUACAGUGUCUUGUAGAUAAAACAUUACUGGACAUGAGUGAAAUCAAGAAAUCUAGAGAAGUAACUCCAACCAUUGAAUACAGCUCUAAGAUCAGAGAAUUCAGCAAGUUGCCAUACAAAGUCAAGGUACCAUUGGCAACAUUUAUUCCACAUUUAAUCGACCGUGAGCAGCUUGAAAGUUUGUUUGGGCAGAUGACCCCAUUAUCGUCAGCUACCGAAGAAAGCGUCUGGUCAAUUAACCAACCCAACACUUCAGUCAGAGAACUACUGGAUAAACCGGAGCUUGUUGCCACAAUAAAGACUGGCUAUGGAUCUGUACUUAACGUGACAUGUUUAAAUGAAGACAAAAUCUGGACGAGUGGAUUGACGAAAGAAAUGAAAUGUUUCAAUAUUAAUGGUUCGCUGCAUCAAACAAACACCAUAAAAUCGGGAGAACUGCCUAGAGAUCUAGCCAUAGACAGUUAUGGGAAUCUCCUGUACAUUGAUGAUACAUCAAAUACAGUGAAUAAAAUAAAGAAUGGACAGACAAAUAAAUUAAACAGAGUAAAGAUAUGGGUGCCUGUUAAUGUAUGUGUGACCUCUACUGAUGAUCUCUUGGUUACGAUGUACAGAAAUUUUAUAGCUCAAUCCAAAGUUGUCCGUUACUCGGGAUCUUCAGAGAAACAAACAAUUCAAUUUGACGACGAAUCUAAGCCGUUAUACUCAGAAAAUAAGGAAAUGAAAUACAUUUCAGAGAACAGAAACCAUGACAUAUGUGUAGCUGAUUGUCGGGCUUCUGCAGUAGUGGUGGUCAAUCAGGACGGGAAACUUAGAUGGAGAUACACCGGUCAUCUUGCAGUUGCCAAUAACAAAACAUUUAAACCCUUUGGUAUCACAACAGACAGUCAGAGUCGUAUCCUGACAGCAGACCGUAACAACAAUUGUGUCCACAUUCUGGAUCAGAAUGGGCAGUUUCUCCGUUACAUUGAUAACUGUCUGAAUGAUCCCUGGGGUUUAUGUGUGGACAAUAAUGACAAUCUGUUUGUGUGUGAGUGUUACAACGGCAAUGUAAAGAAAAUCAAAUAUUCAAAAUAG